UCAGACCAAACAAAUAAAACUAAACCAAAAUGUACAAGAUAAUAUUACUGGCCACCAUCGCCAUGGCUGCCGCCAAGCCCAGCGUGGUUCCCGCUGCAGUGGUGGCUCCAGCGCCGCUCGUAGCCGCGUCAGCCCCCGUGGUGAUGGCUUCCAGCUCACAGUAUAUCGCACGCAACUACAACGGCCUGGUGGCUGCGCCGCUGGUGGCUGCACCUGCGCCGUACAUUGCUCCGGCAGCUCGUUUUGUAGCCCCUGCCGCGCCUUUGGUCUCAGCAGCUGCUCCGUUGUACGCGCGCUAUGCUGCCCCCUAUGUUGCUGCUCCAUACGCAGCUGCACCUUACGUAGCCGCGCCUGCCCCUAUUGUAGCUUACUAAGAAUGACCUAACCAUUUUGUACAUACCAAAUAUACCAGUUAAAAGAAUUAUGCUAUAA